UUCCUUCUGGAGCUUUCAUUAUACAGUCACAUAGCACUAAAAAAACUAGCUUUGCUGCGCGCUUAUAACCAUAACGCCGAUCAUCAAUCUUUACUACAAGCUGAUCAUCUAGUAUGACAUUUUAUCCUGUUUAGUUACUUUAGAGAGAGAAUUAAAUGGUAUGAUUUUCAUAAGUAGACUUGUAAGAAAAUUUUGAGUAAUACUAGCUGGUAAAAGCUCCUGAAAUGGGAGGACAAGUGUUCAACUUUAGCACCAACAAAAAUGUCUCCUCACAGUCGAGCAAAAUAAAUUGGGAAAAGCAUUAGAAUUCAGAAUGUUAUGGGCAUAUAUAAUAUCAGUCAGUUACAAGCAAUAAAGUAAGGCCCUCAAAAAUAAUGCAAGUGCAGCUGCAUCUGGUACUGGUAGCCAAGAACAGUUUUAUCUUAGAGGCUUCUCUGUUACCUUUUUAUAUUUAACCUCCAAAAAGAUAAAUUCUGUUGCACCAAUCUUGGGCUGCAAAUCUAGACCAUUUCUGCCAAGAUCAUUUUUCCCCAUCCCUUGUUAUUUCUGGUCUUUAUAUAUUCUGAUUUUUUCAGACGAUGAUGAUAAGUAAAAAAGGCAACACUUCCAAUGUGGGAACAGGGCUUUUAUGUCUACUGGUAGCUAUGAAGCACGGAAACCUUUGGGACCUGAUGUUUCUCCAUUUCCAAAACAUUUCCGCUCCUAAGACCUCAAUCAUUUAUGUGCUAAUGAAGUCCGAAAAUGGUUAUAACUUGAGGGUUUUCCAAAUUCUGAAACGUCUCCAUUUUUGAAACCUCAGCGGUUCCUAGUGCAUGGCUUGGUAGGUUCCCACAUUACACCUAUCCCAUCAUUCAUAACUCCACAAUAUAUGUUCUGCUUCCAAAUAUAUAUAUAUAUAUAUAUAUACACACUUCUCUGUUUCGUCAAAAUACAGAACUACACCAAUUAGCUAAGACUUGAGUGCUGGUAGAAGACGCCAAAGAGUAGGCAUGGAAUCGAACAUGGCAGGUUUCGUUCUGAAUGCUUCAGCUCUCGAGUCGAUGUAUAAUCAGGCGAAGGACGAUGGUUUUAUUGAUCUUGGACUCAGCUUGAAAACACUUCACACCCAGAGUUGUUAUCCAAUUGAUCAAAGUAGCCAGAGUUUACAUGUUAAUCAAACAAUAGUAUCUGAUGGUUACAACGAGCCGGUGGACUGGACAUACCUCCGCUCGGUGCACCUGAAAAGUCCUAAAUGCUCGGGGACGAACCAAGAAGAUUGUGCUGGUGAAGACUUGGAAGGAGUCCAGAGCAAAGAACGAUGGGGUUAUGUGAAGGUUAACAUGGAAGGGAUCGUCGUAGGCAGGAAAAUCAGCUUGGCCGAUCAUGUUGGUUACCCUAGCCUUGCCCUUCAACUGGAAGACAUGUUUGGUGGGUUAACAGCAUAUGGCUUACGCUUGUUCCAAUGUCGGUCGGAGUUUGUUCUGGUUUACAAAGACAGAGAGGAAAAGUGGUGGUCUGCUGGCGAUGUUCCAUGGAAGGAGUUUGUAGAUUGUGCAAAGAGGUUAAGGAUUGUGCGAAAGAAGAAAGUUUCGAUAUCCUGAUUCCUGAGAACUUUGCCUAAGUAACUCUGUUGAGCCUGACUGAAAUUAAACAUCAACAUUUAGAAAUUCUGAGACAGGAUUUAGUUACACUACAUCUUUUGUUAUGAUGAAUUAAAGUAAUCGAGUCCUUAUUUUGUCUAGGCUUUUAAGACCGCAUACAUCUGAGCUUUAUUAUUGCAGUAAAAAACUUAUAUGGACUUGGUCCAUACUAAAUUAGUGUGGAUCUAAUGCUAAUUCAUGUGAUUUAUGAGAAAAAAAGUUAUUAUACAAAAAAAAUAUAUAUAAAAGAUG